GUGCCCUCCCCCUCUCCUCCCUCCGCCUCAUGGCCUCCCCCCUGCAGCUCACCUACUCGUACAUCUGGCAGGUCAUCCGGCAGAGAAACGUCAAGCAGUACGCGAAAGUGGAGGAGUUUGUUACCAUGGUGACGCAAACUGUCCCCGACCUCAUCAGCUUCAAGCAGACGGCGCAGCUCGUCCUGGGGCUGAGAGCGAGGAUCAUUUUGGAUUUGCUUCAAAAGGACGGCCCACCGGAUUCUAAAGCCAUUCAAACGCUCAUAAAUAAGUUGAAAGUGUUAGCGAAGGACCCAGAGGUGGAGAAAUCCCAAACGAACUUCAUGGUGCUGGUGCAGAACCUGCUCAAAAACCCAGCGGAAAAAAAGCGCUUCUUCCAGGUAUCCUCAGCUGUUUCUCCAGGAGUGGUGGUCGAAGACGAGGAGUAUUUUGUAAAAUACAAAAACUA